CCCCAGGUUCUCCUUCCUGCGGACUAAAUUUAGAGGUGAGGAUGUGGCCGCCCGCAUGGGGCGGGCGGGGAGGUCAGCGGGGAUGCCGCCGGAUGUCUGCCAGCCGGGCCGGGACGCUGCGUCAGGUCGGUAAACACGCGGCGUGCUCCGGAGGGGCCGCGCCAGCUGUGACGGGACGCUGCCACCCCGGGCACCCCGGACUGACGUGGGCACCCCGGACUGACGUGGCGCCGCGACCCGCCCAGCCUCCGUCCCGGCGCCCCUGCCCCAGGCCACCCCGCACACAGUCUCCACUACGGGGAAGGAUGGCUGCAGCGGCUCUCACACCUUACUGGUGGAACCCCUCCUUGAAAAGCUGCUAUGGGAGCCGGGGUGCAGCAGGCAUUAAACUGGGGGUUCCCCUCACCCCAGUCUCCCUGGACCACCACCUCUGAAAACCAAGGGACCAGAUAAGCUCUAGCCUUGGGAAGCCAGGAGAGGGAACGGCACUUGGUGCCAGCAAGCCUCGUGCAUGAAGAUAAUUUGUCAAGCGCCUCAGCUGCAUCAUGAGCAGACUGUCUGUGGAACCGACCCUGGGAAUGCGGGCAGCCACUCUGCCUCCAAGAUCAGCACAGAAAGAACCCCCAGCUCUCCGCACGGGGUCUCAGAGAC